UAUGUUUUAAGUAUAUUACUAAAACACAUGAUGAAUUUUAUUUCCAGAGAUUUCUUAUUUAAUGCGAUUGAGACACUUCCUUGUGUGAGGAAGAAGGCUAAUUGGGCAUUAAAUUGGAUCAAUCACGAGAGUGCUACGUUUCCCGAACGUGUAGUCGCAUUUGCGGCGGUUGAGGGUAUCUUCUUCAGUGGCAGUUUCGCAGCCAUUUUUUGGCUAAAGAAACGAGGAGUCAUGCCAGGUCUCACCUUCAGCAACGAACUUAUCUCGCGAGACGAAGGAUUACACUGCGAUUUCGCCUGUUUAAUGUUUAAACACAUCGUACAAAAGCCAUCGUUUGAGCGUGUGAAAUCAAUUGUAAUGGACGCCGUAGAAAUUGAAAAGGAAUUUUUGACGCAAGCGUUGCCGGUUGAACUAAUAGGAAUGAAUCGCACAUUCAUGUGUAACUACAUCGAAUUUGUUGCGGACAGAUUAUUCGUUGCAUUAGGAUUUGAAAAGGUUUACAAUUCGGAGAAUCCGUUCUCUUUCAUGGAUUUCAUCUCUAUGAUGGGUAAGACAAAUUUCUUUGAGAAAAAAGUAGGUGAGUACAAGAAGUUCGGAGUCAUGGAGGAAGAUUCUAAAAAGAAGAGCACGUUAGGUGUGAUGUUUGGUGCAAAGUUUUAAGGUAAAAAGUUUGAAUAUACAAAUAAUAUAAAACGAACAAAAAAUGUACUCCUCGAGGGAGAAAAAAGAUAUAUUUGGUAAUUCCGCGACUUUGAAAUAAUUUUAUAAUAAUGAUAAACUUUAAG